GCAGCAGCCUUUUUACCGUACCGUACAUUGCCUACGGGACUUUACUCGAACCUUCUGUCCUUAUCUUAAAACACCCCUUUCGUUCUUGCCAUUUUCUCUUCCCUCUCUCCCCUUCAUCGAGAGACUAGAUCUAUCAUCUAGUUGCUCAUUUUACACACAGUUGUGGAUCGAUCAUAUAUCUAUUCCUGACGCUUUUUUCAAUCGAUUGUAUCUCCACUGAUCUAAGAAUCUAUUCUGGUCUCACUUGCCACCUCGGUCCAGAAUCCCCGCGCGUCUAAUGGUUCCAAGGGUUCGAAGAUCAAACGGCGGUUUAAGGCCCAAAAAGGUCCCUGAAAAUCGAAAAAUUAAUCAACUGAAACAAUCACCACUGCGGGUUUCCGAACAAUAUUAGAGUGUCUCAAAUCCUCUCUGUGGACGUACGAUUCCUUGAUAUAGCAGCGAUUGAAUUGUCAAUUGGAUAGUGUAGACAGACACACACUCAGCGCUCCUCCAAAACUCGAUUCCUAACAGUUCACCCUCUCCUAUCUCACGUCAACUCACAAGCGUUUCGGCGCCCAAUUCCGAGAUUCGGUCCGUACGGUCUCGUAUCGGGACAGAGUAUACUCGGUCGGGACGGUGGUAAGAUAGUCACUCUUGGGUCUCAUGCUUGGGUACUUGACGCCUCAAUCGAUAAUUUGCGACUAUAAACUCAGCUUCCCCACCUAUCUGGCUGGUAUCUGGUUUUGUGUUACCUUCGAAAUUGAAUCCCGAUACAACGCCACUUUUUUUCCCUUCUGUGAAUUUUCGCUUUGAGUUGCCAUGAGUUUAUGAUAUUAAUACGAAGAUAACCCUGGCUUCGAUUAGAUUGUCAAGCAGUCAUUAAAGCAGUCUUCCGUCCUCCUAAUUCCUGAUACGUCUUAUACCUCACGGACUUGUCAAGUCUAUCAUCAAUACGAUAGCUCGAUUUGUAACCUCACCGCCUCGAGCCAAAGAUUCGGAGCCCUUACUUACUCUAUCUAUCAUCUGAAUACCUUUCUUGAAUAUGGUUCAACAUGAGAAUCCCAUGCAAUCUAGGGAUUGUUAUGGCCGUGAAUCAUGGCUCAACACCGCGGAGAGACCAUUCGAUUGCAGCCAACCUUCCUUGACCGAACCUCGACUCACACCAAUUACACCACACCGCCCUCACCCACACGAACUAGCUCUUACUGUGGAGGAAGCAUUGAGAUCCUGCGCUCGAAUUCCAGUAAAAGAGUUUGCCGUCAUCGCCAUUCUUGACGAUGGAAGGGAAGUAAAUUACACUUCUCAAACUCUAAAGAAUUUUCAACCGAGAAUAUUCUCGCCACACUUGAAGAAUGAUUUUCACAAAUCUGUACAAAGAGCUGCCCUGGAUGCCUCAUUCUCAAAUUCAACAUCCUACAACCCAGAGAGCGGGUACAGUGACUUUAGCAUGGAUAGCGCACCAGGUAUGAGGAGACUUGCAGGAAACGAUUCGGGCUCUGGAAAGAGGCGUAGACACCGUCAGCUUCGACAAAGUUCAGAGGAUUCUGACGAUGAUGAUUCGACAGGUUCGAAAAAGACUAAGAGAUAUCAUCAUCAAUAUGAUGACUCAAGUGAAGACACACCAAGUCCCAUCGUAGAGAGAAAGACAAUGUUACUGAGAAUAGGUGAUGAGGAAGAGGUUACGAAAUUCUACAGUUGUCGAUUCAAGGAUAUGCAGCAAGCCUCUUGUAAGGUUAUGGGAAAAGCGUUUGUAAAGCUCGUUGAGCCUAGGAAGCAGACACAUUACCCAUACACUAAGGGUGCUGAUAAAGCUCCACCGUGGUGGCCAGCUACAAGUGGCGAUCUCUCAGUCCGACACAGAGAACCAGAUCACCUUUUGAAACCUGAGCGAAUACGUUUGUUAGUGCAUAUUUUGAGAAUGAUUAUCGAGCCAUAUCAUAAGCAAUGUUCCGCUGUUCAAAAGUUAAACCUCAACGUCAAGAAACUGGAAGAAGUUACGAUGGAAGCCAUGUCGAAUUGGUUUACCGAGAAAGAUCAUCCUGAGAAUUCUGCCAAGAAACCUUUCUUGAAGGAAAUAUUCAAGGUUGCUCGAAUGGAGGAGCAGUAUAAAAAUGGCGAGCGAGACCCUGAUACCUAUAUUUCGGUGAUGUAUGGUGACAGAAACGGUGCGGAAAUUUCAGACGACGAACCGGAUGAGGGAAUGAAGCUUGAAGAUGAUGAUUUGCAAUCUCAAGAAAUAGAAGCCUCGUCAAUGAUAAUGACUCCAAAUAGCUCGGUCUCACCGUCAAUCAUCCACGUUCAACAAGCACAACAAGGACCGCCAUCUAACCACCAGAGAGAACAUGAUAAUGUGUAUGCACCAGCUCGACACGUCUCGGUUCGAUACAACCCACAGCACGAAGAUCACAUGCAGAAUUCCUCUUACAUUAAUAACGCUACUGGAUAUGUACCGCGUGUUAGUUUCAAUGAUCCUAGUAGCUCAAGCCUACAAGACCAACCUCAACGUUCCAUGUCCACUUCCAUGUCCACUUCAAUGUCUCCAGCUCAAUACCAGAAUUCCCAACAGGCAAGUGUGAGCUGGACCCCAUCUUUCUUCAGCAAUCCAUCUCCGGCCUCGAGCUUUUACACAACAUCACCACAGUCCCAAUCUUUUACGUCAAAUUCCCCGCAACCUUUCUCCUCUAAUACGUAUCAACUUCCCCCGCCCAAUUCUCAAUCCGUGUUGCCGUCGCAUUCUAUUGGCCACAGCGUUCAAAGUAGCUACGAUGGACUUCCUCAUAGAUCUCAAUAUGACACAACUCCUCAAUUGGGAAGUCAGCUCCGAACAGGAAGUCUCGGUCACCCACAUCAACUCCCCACCCACCAACAUCAUGGAGGAUUCGAUUUCCUCGACAGCAACAAUUAUGCCCACCAUGACUCAGAUCUUAAGCAAGAUCCUAAUAUUCAUCAGGGUUAAGGAGAGACUCUUUAGGUUUAUCCAAAAGCAAUUGGGAGGGAGUGUUGGCGCUUCGAUUAUUUUUAUCCUCCUCGUGGGACAGUGGCAUAUACUUAUUUGAGCAAGCGAGCGAAUAUCACAUCAUAGCAUGAAUGACUGGCAUAUUUUUAUAUGCAUAAAACCAACGGAGACUAAGAUAAGAUGAGAUAGUGGUGGUGCAAGCGUUCGAUUUGGGUGUUCUAUUUGUUUUUUCUUGGAAUUAGUUCGUUUACGUUUUGUGCUCUAUGCUAAUUUUCCUUUCCCUAUUCUUUCACUUUCCCGACUUACGUUUGUGUCCUAUUGAUAUCAUCGAAUGGGUGGAGGUGGAAUUGAAAUUGGUUGGCAGAGUUUUGCGGUGGAAAAGUUUGGGCUCGACCUUGGAUGGAACCUUUGGACUUUGAACUUGGGCUCACUCGGGUUUGGAAAUUUAAUACGUGGACGAAUUCCAUUUUCCCCCUGCACUUUAUGGUAUUUUUAAUGGAGGUUGAUGGAUUGAAUCAUUGGUACGGGAUAUUAUCUUAUGGAUUGGAUUGGUGUUUUGACGGUAAUGAUAUAAGAUGGAUGGUUGGAUACAUGAAUGAAGGGAAUUUGUACAUGGAAUCAUGGAUGCAGUUUCUCGUCUCACAAAGGUUACUUGAAGCAUGGAACUCAAAGACGGCAUCUUUCAUAUCCCGUCCGGCUAAAUUAUGUUUACGAGAGUGGAAUAUUUUUAUUUACAUAUUUACUCAUUAAUUCGUUGCCUUUCCUUAUAUUGCACAUAUGGCAUUGGAAGGUAAGAAGCAUGAAAAUGCGGAGAACGACAUCAGGCAGAUUGGAGAGGAGCAAAACAAAACAGGAAGAAGAAAUGAGACGAGAAUGUAUACAGUCAGUAGUCGGGUCUAGAUGCAAGAAGACCUGGAAUAAUCAAUGAAUAUUGUUACCUACUUCUUUUGUUUGAGUGGGUGGCUAGACGGGUAUGAUUUGCAUGUGCAUGUACUUGAUACCUACCCAUCUACCUGCCUAUCCAUAUGGAUAAUAUAAAGACUCACAGUACCUGAUUCCGUUUGUAGAAUCACACAUGCAUGAUCA